UUGACGCGCAGAGGAGUUAAAAACAAAAGAGCUUUCAAUCUGCAGAUUCUUACAAAGUGAGGGUGUGGUAAAAACCACACUAUGUCACGAGGUGUCGAAGAUGAGUAACAAAUUGGACUUUGAACAAGCCAACAACAGACCAAUUAACUCGAAAUCAAAACAAUGCUGGAACAUCCAUCUACUCAACUUGUAACAACCAAAAAAUUUUAUAUAAAAAGGAUACCAUACAUAGCUAAAGACAUAACUGAGUCAAACAUUUAUCAUACAACAUGAAAUUCCUUGUGCUCCUCGCUGCAAUUCUCCUCUGCGUUCAAGCCUAUCAUAUUCCAUAUGGAUUCUAUGAUGGCUCAUCCGAAUCCAGUGAAGAGGAGUAUCGCGUGCUCGUCACUUCUAAUAAUCAACCACCGCUGAGCUUACCAGGUGUGGGCGUGUAUAGUCAACCCAUUUUACAAGCGGUCAAAGUGAAAGUGCCACGCUUCGUCAGUCCGGAACUCAAGCAGCAAAUUAUCACACAGACCCUAGCUGCACGUGGUUUGACUCUACACACUCCACCUCCACAGCAGAGCGGUACAGUCAAUGUCGCACCAACCGCCGGCUUGUUUGUACGUCAACAGCGAGCGCUUCCACUUGCAACUGUGGAAACUGGUGACGUCGCUGAUAAUGUCGUCAUAACCGGUGAAGAGAAGGUGUCACCUAUAGUACCGAUAGCUCCAGCAGGAUUAUCAACUCCAGUAGUACCGGAAGAGCUUCUGUUCAGAGCAAUUUUAGAUGCAUAAAUCACUUACAUCUUGAAAUAUUUUGUGUAUUUUUUUUGUUAUUAAACAGUACUUUACAAUAAAACUGACCUCUUUUAGGGGCGCAAAUUCUACACAAAAA